CAAAGUUUCCUCGCCCCAAUCGCGUUGUUGCUCGACAAAUCUCAUAGCGGCGGUCGCACUCCCUCGUGGAAAUCCUGGCCGAAUACCCCAGGCCGGGCCCCGAGGAAGUGUGCUGAAAGCGCCACGAAAAUACGGCCGCGGAAGGGUUGGACGCGCGCGGGCACGCUUUCGGACGGGCGGCGCGUUUUCCUGCGAGUUCCCGCGGAAUUUCACGGCCACCCGGCGACGCGCAGCGUCUAACUAGUCAAGUUGUAUCAAUUGCGGGUGAUCGGCGACGUGGGAAGAUGCUCUACCUCGAGGAUUACGUCGAAAUGAUCGAACAUUUACCACAAGAACUAAGAGAUCGAUUUACUGAAAUGAGGGAGAUGGAUCUAGGUGUACAAAACUCUAUGGAUAGCCUGGAGAAGAAGGUGAAGACAUUCUUCUCAAACGCUAAGAAGAUGAAGCCUAGUGAAAAAGAGGCGGAAUAUGAGGCUAUCAGGAAAGAGUACUACAAGACUUUGGAGGAUGCCGACGAGAAGGUGCACCUAGCCAAUCAGAUGUACGACUUAGUGGACAGGUACCUGAGGAGGCUCGAUCAGGAGCUGCACAAGUUUAAGAUGGAACUGGAAGCGGACAAUAAGGGCAUCACCGAAAUUCUGGAGAAGAGAUCCCUCGAGUUGGACCAGCCACCCACGAAUAGCAGUCAAAAGGAGAAUCGUUACAGUUUUACCCCGAGCAGAACGCGAGACAAUCACAGUCAUUCUCGAUCGGAGAAACGGCGGGACUCGAAUGCAUCUUCCACGUCGGUUGAGAAGCGGCUGGCGAUCGAGAAGAUACCGGCGGCUACGAGUCUACCGGAAUCACGGCCGGCGUCAGCGAAUUCCGCGCCCAUUAUUGCGACGAGUAGUGUCGCGCCAGCCCCGGCAACAAUUGCCAAUUCCGUGGGAUCCGUGUGCUACAAUCUCGGUCACAUCGGCGCCGGCGGUAAUGCUAUUGCAGCAGCCGCGUCACAAGCGAUCGCGGCCACGCAAUCGAUGCAGCAGGGCAGACGUUCGGCCAGUCUGAAGGCAAGCUACGAGGCCAUCAACACUGGCGGCGUACACGCCGCGGAAUUCAGCAGGGAACUGGCCGGCGCAGCACAAACCGCCAUCGCCGCCAUUCAGGAGACAACGAAGAAGCAUAAAAAAAAAGUAACAGCCACCGUGCCGAGUUCGAGCGUAAUCGCGGCUACUGUGCAACAGCCCGUGUCGCCACCGGUGGUUACCACAACUACACAAGUAGUGGACCCGGACAAUCCAGAUUGGACGUACGAUCCGAACGAGCCGCGUUACUGUAUAUGCAAUCAAGUGUCAUACGGUGACAUGGUUGCUUGCGACAAUUCAGAUUGUCCCUUUGAAUGGUUCCAUUACCCAUGCGUGGGCAUCACCGCGCCACCAAAGGGGAAGUGGUACUGCCCUCAGUGUACGUCCUCGAUGAAGAGACGUGGCGGACGGAAGAACUGAUUAGAUGAGAAAAAAAAGAAGAAACUAGGAAACCAUGCUGACCACAUUAAGAAGGCAUUGCUGCUACUACCUCUUAGACACUAUCCAUCGAGUACCGACUUAGUUAGAAAGCCGUCAUUAGCUCUGAUUUUGUAUAACUUUUUUAAUGUGCCGUUUCGAAUCCGCAUCGUCAUCUCGACCUACGGUCUUUUUGCUAUUGGUCGAGCAUACAAUUGGAAACGAUAACAUUCUAUCAAAAUUUCGAAAUACAUUUAACGGAUAUAUCAAACCGAAGGAUUUUGUAAACGUUUCAGUGUGUUUCCCACACUGCUAUUAUCGUCGAGCAAUAAAGGAAAUUGAACAAAAUAAAUGUAAAAGGUUUCGGGAAAUAGGAGAAUUAUUAUAAUGUAUUCUUCGGCGAGUUUGAAAUUGAUUGCUUCGUCAAAAAGUUAGAUUUAGGUAUUAGUUGUUUAUAAUAGAGAACAUUUUCCGACAAAUUGUAAAUAAACAAUCUUCACUUUUUAAGUAAUUUUAGAUAAGCUUUUAAUAAAAACUUAAUUUCCUGUAAAAUUUAAACCUCCAGUAUUUAAUGCAGUUGCAAAUGAAGAAUUUACUUUUGAUGGAGGAAAACCGAACGAAAUAACAUAGAAUUCGUCUGAAAAUAGCGACUUACUUUUUCGAAGCCAUUUUAACGGAAUCUACUAAUUUCGAAAGAAUUGUAGCGAAAUGGUGUAUAAAUAAAAUCAUCUAUACAAUGAGGCGACAUUGCCAAAA